AUGGGUGCAUAUUAUGGAGUUUCUACUAUUUUUAUUAUCUGUUUAUUGGGAUUUUCAGCCAAUGCUGAAUACAUCACCAUUGGUUCCUCUUCAGGCUCUGAUAUUACUCAGGCACUUCUGAAAGCAUUCACAACAGCAUGCCAAUCUCCUUCACCGAGCAAAGUAGUGAUCCCAAAAGGAGAGUUCAAGCUUGGUGAGAUCCAGAUGAGGGGUCCAUGCAAAGCUCCAAUUGAGAUCACUCUUCAAGGAACUGUCAAAGCUGACGGUAACGCGGUCCAGGGAAAGGACACAUGGGUUGUCUUCGGCAACAUUAAUGGAUUUAAGUUGAACGGAGGUGGUGCUUUCGAUGGUGAAGGAAACGCAGCUUGGAGGGUUAACAACUGUCACCAGACUUUUAACUGCAAGAAACUCCCCAUCAGUAUAAGGUUUGAUUUCGUGGAGAACGCUGAGAUCAGAGACAUAUCAUCCAUAGAUGCCAAGAACUUCCACAUCAACGUGCUCGGUGCCAAGAACAUGACCAUGGAUCACAUCAAGAUCAUUGCUCCAAAAGACAGUCCCAACACUGACGGUAUCCAUUUGGGAAGAAGUGACGGAGUCAAGAUCCUUAACUCAUUCAUCUCCACAGGAGACGACUGCAUCUCCGUUGGAGAUGGGACGAAGAACCUUCACGUAGAGAAAGUUACUUGCGGUCCAGGACAUGGACUCAGUGUUGGAAGCCUUGGAAGAUACGGAAACGAACAAGAUGUCACUGGCAUUAGAGUCAUAAACUGCACUCUCCAAAAUACUGACAAUGGUUUGAGAAUCAAGACAUGGCCUUCUGCAGCUUGCUCCACCACCGCCUCCGAUAUUCAUUUCGAGAAUAUCAUUGUCAACAACGUUUCCAACCCUAUCCUCAUCGACCAAGAGUACUGUCCUUGGAACCAGUGCAACAAGCAGAAAGCAUCAACAAUUAAGCUUGUAAACAUCAGCUUCAAGCAAAUCAGAGGAACAUCAGGGAACAAGGAUGCAGUGAAGCUAUUGUGCAGCAAGGGAUAUCCAUGCCAGAAUGUUGAGGUUGGAGACAUUGAUAUUAGGUACAACGGAGCAGAUGGUCCAGCAACUUUCCAGUGCUCAAACGUGAGCCCCAAACUCAUGGGAACUCAGAGCCCUAAAGCUUGCAGUGGUCCGGUGACCAAGUUACCCCAAUAA